AUGUAAGCGGCAGUUUUUAGUGAUCGUGGAAGUAUUUUGUUGGUGUCACUUUAUCAAUAACAAGAUAUUUACAAUGGCACCUAAAUCGAAAAAAGCUGUUUCUAAAUCCCGUCGAGCUGGACUAACUUUUCCAGUGGGUCGUACCCUUAGUAUACUUAAAAAGGGCAAGUACGCUGACCGCAUCGGUGCAGGGGCCGGUGUAUACAUAGCUGCUGCCUUGGAAUAUUUGGUAGCAGAGAUUUUGGAGCUGGCAGGAAACGCUGCUAAAGCUAACAAAAAAAUACGUAUAAUUCCUCGACACAUUCAACUGGCGGUUCGCAAUGACGAUGAAUUGGCCGAACUGUUAAAACAUGUUUGUAUUGCCGAAGGCGGGGUCCUUCCAAAUGUUCAAGGAGUCUUGAAGCCAAAAAUUUCGAAGAAGCCUAAGCCGACGCUAUACACUGAAAGCCAGGAGUAUUGAAGAAUUCGAUCAGUUAUAUUGCUGCGUGAUUUUUGUUUUUAAAUGUUUUUUCUUCUAAUUUAGAGAUAUGGUUACAGUUAGUAGCCUAAGACGUAUGAAUCUCUGAGUAAAUACCUAAACUAUAAUUUAAUAAUUAUAUUUCUGUGUGAUUUUUAAAACUAUGUUUUGUUUUAGUUUAAAAUCGGUUAACAAUUAAAAGCUAAAAACCGUUGGAAUUCUAUGAAUAAAUA